GCUGUGAGGGACCGGGCGCUCGUCAACUGGGGGGUGCUCACGGGGUCCUGGAGGAGAUGCCGAGGGCCCCAGGCUUAGGGGACGGCUCGUCGGGGAGUUUGAUUCCCCCGGGCCCCUGCCCGCUGAGCGCGGCUGCUCCGAGGCCUGGCUCCUAUGCGCGGCCGGCGAGAGGCGACGUGGAAAUCUGGGUUCACCCUCCUACAGACAUGGGGCGCAGAAAGUCAAAACGGAAGCCACCCCCCAAGAAGAAAAUGACAGGCACCCUAGAGACCCAGUUCACCUGCCCCUUCUGCAACCAUGAAAAGUCUUGUGAUGUUAAAAUGGACCGUGCCCGCAACACCGGAGUCAUCUCUUGUACCGUGUGCCUAGAGGAAUUCCAGACGCCCAUCACAUAUCAGAUCUGUCAGAACCGGUGGACGUGUACAGUGAUUGGAUAGACGCCUGCGAGGCAGCCAAUCAGUAGCAACACAGAAGACCCACCCCCUUGGCAGCCCCACCUGCCUUGGGCCCACCUAUUGGGUACCAAUCCAAAGACAUUCCAGGGUCCAGGGUGUGGGUCCUGGGCCUUCCCAGCCCUCUGUGUGUGUGCAGUGGGUGUGAGUGUGUGUAUGGCUGCAGGUGUGGCCGUGGGGGUGUGCUUGUAGGCGUGGGUGGAGUUGAGGGGGGUUCGCUGGGCCCAGGGCCCCGAACUCUCUCACUUGGCUGUGAAAGCCUUGGACUCGCUCCCUCCUCUGGGCCCUGGGUCCUCCAGGAGGUGCCAGGGUCCUGACAAACUGGGCCAGGAGCCCAGCAGGGGCUACCUCCUGGACCCACCUCACCAGCAUCUUGCCCAUUCGAACUGGACUGCCCACCCUCCUUCCAGGCCCUGUGGCCUGGGGUUUGAAGCCACAGUCCCCCAGACCCCUUGGCUGGACCCCAGCGGGGUGCCCUCUGUUCACUUUUAGUCGCUUCUGUAGAGGAGGAAGGGCCUGGGUUUGGGGUAGCUAUUAUCAGUCACGAGCCCUUAAAUAAAGCAGCUGAUAUAAAAA